AUGGUCUUCUAUGAUGCUGAAAUGAAGUUCCAUGAUUCAUUCCAUAGAGUUUGGCUCUUAACAAGCAGAAGAAAUUCAUCCACCACAAUCAAUUCUUCCACAAGAAGCAUUCUCAAGGCUUCCACCCCAAGAUUCAUGAAGACAUUUGGUUUAAGUUCAGACAUGGAAUGUGUCAACUCUUCUGUAUGUGGACAUGGUAGCAAAGAUUCUCACUCUGAAAGAGUGAUUCUCGCCCCUACACUUGAGAGCGUCGAGCACGUCAACAACUACAUGCUGUCAAAGCUUCCUGGUGUCGAGAGAGAGUACUUGAGCUACGAUACCCCGUGUAGAUCGGAUGAAGAUUCUGAGGUUCACGCGGAGUGGUUCACCUCUGAGUUUUUAAACGACGUUCAGUGCUCGGGAAUUCCAAACCACAGACUGAUAUUAAAAGUUGGAGUUCUGAUCAUGCUUCUACGAAACAUAGACCAAGCAGCCGGUCUGUGUAAUGGGACCCGGUUUAGAGUCACUCAUCUUACUCAGUAUAUAAUUGUUGCGACUGUUUUAUCAGGAAUCAGGCUGGGUAAAAAUGAGUACAUUCCGAGGAUAACCUUAACGCCUUCUGACUCUGGUCUUCCCUUCAAGUUCUCUCGAAGGCAGUUCCCGGUGACUUUAUGCUUUGCGAUGACUAUAAACAAGAACCAGGGCCAGUCUCUUUCUCAUGUCGGUUUCUACCUUCCGAGGCCUGUGUUUACUCAUGGACAGCUGUAUGUCGCUCUCUCAAGGGUGAAGUCUAGAAAAGGUCUGAAGGUACUCAUUGUGGAUGAACAAGGGGUAGUUUCGAGCUCCACGCGCAAUGUUGUCUACAAAGAAGUUUUUGAGAACGUGUGA